GAGGGCGGUUUGAACAAUUGAGGGCGGUCCAAUUCCUGAAUCGUGCAAGUUUCCAUCGAAAUCAUUCAUGUCAAUGUCUUUGUACAUGAUUGACAAAGUCUGUCACUGGGGAGUGUCAGUGUCAAAUUGAUUGUCAGUGUCAUUCGUGAAGUAGUUUGGGCGAUCGUGAAGUGUAGGGCCCGGUUCCAUUGGACCUACCAUACCAAACUAGUUGGUGACAUCCUCAAUAAACAGAUAUUUUGAAAAGCUUCAACAUGGCAGAAUCCUCCUCUGUUCCAAUGGAUCAAGACACAGCCAGGAAGCUUUUUGAGGAAGGAGCCACCCUUCUCUUUCUCAACGUCCCCCCUGGCACAGAAUUCGGCAUCGACUACAACACAUGGAACACCGCGGAGAACUUCAAGGGAGUCAAGAUGAUCCCACCGGGAGUGCACUUUGUGUACUACAGCGCUGUGAACGUCAGGGAGCGCAGUACCGCCCCUCGCAUGGGGUUCUUUCACUGCUUCAAGCGGCAGGAGGUGAUGGUACUGAGCUGGAGCAAACGAGACGAGGAUGCAGUGGAGCACUUCUUGGAAGACGGUGAGGAGGCAGAGUAUCGGGGACGUCUGAGAGAGUUUGAUCCAUUCCUAGGAUCCUACCCUUAUGAAAGCUUGAAGAAGUGGGUGUCACUAACUAGCCACAUCACGGAAGCCUUGGUCAAAGACUUGAUGCCAUCGUGUGGGAAGAUCUUUUCAGCGCCGCAGUUGAUUGCCGAUGACAAAACCCGGACAUCAGCCCAGAGAGCUGAGUUAGCAGAAAGCCGGCGUCUGGAACACCCUGAGGGUGCAAAUACCAGUGCCGAGGAUCUGCUACCCAGGAUGCACAAUGAGCCAGGGACAGAGAUCCGGUUCAGUCCCAUCCCUGAUAGGAACUAUCCAGUGGGAGCUUCUGCUGCUGAGAUCACCAAGUACUCCAUGGACCUGAGUUACACCCUGGAGAGCAUGCUGAGGACACAUUACCCAGACCACCCCAGCGGUAUCCUUGGGGAGAUCCAGUUUGCCUUUGUCUGUUUCCUCGUUGGACAGGUCUACGACGGCUUUGAGCAAUGGAAGCGACUGGUCCACAUCCUAUGUGCCUCUGAGGAGUCCCUCAUGGCUCACCAGGAGCUCUACGCUAGCUUCAUCACUUCCCUCCACUUCCAGCUCAAGGAGGUCCCUGCUGACUUCUUCAUCGACAUCGUCUCCAAGGACAAUUUCCUGACCACCACCCUGCGGGAAUUUUUCGCAAACCUGCAAGGGGCGGAGGUUGGCCAGCCUCUCAAGGUCAAAGGUCGGCGAUUCAAGGACAGCCUGACUAAGAGAUUCAGGUGGGACUUUGAUGCUAUGCCAGACGAUGAUGCUCCAGUUGUCGUGCAACUCUGAACUCUUGCCCUCUUGACUUUCAAGUUUUGUGGAUUUCCUGUCAUUUUCAGACCAUCCGUUUGCAGUGCCUGCAAUAUGGUACGUGUGAUUGCACAUUUAUAUACCUUUCAACGGACCAUAUUUUUGAGUGAACGAAGGCGCCAUAUCAACGUCACUUUCUGAAUACAAACACAUUGUUAAAGUAGCAGAGCAGCUUAAAUCUUGGCCAACAUGUGGGGUGCUGUGGUCCAGUGGUUACGCUGUUGGACUCACGGGCCAACGUACAUACAUGUACAUGGGUUCAAUCCCUGACAGGAACUUGGUGCUUGUGUUCUUGGGCAAGACACUUUACUACAAUUGCCUCUCUCCACCCUAGAGUGUAAAGGGUACCUAUAAAAACUGGUUUCAUGGCCCAAUGAAUAGGGGUAAUACUUGUGAAACUCUUUGAAAUCGUUGAUAUAAAGUGCUAUACAUGUAUAACUUAAGCACCACAUUACUGUUACUUUAUUAGAUAUUGUGAACAUGUCAUAUUUGAAUUGUGGCAAUAUGUAAAUGUACAGCAAUAACCAUGGAUUCAUUGCAAACUGGUGUUGUUUAGCGCCCUCAUUCAGUCAAGAGUAGGUCCUAGUGUAAGAUGGAACCCAUGACCCAUGGGAGAGAUGUGUCAUUGUUAAAAGUGGAAUAACUUCAUCUUUACCAAAACAACCCCUCGUCAAAAUAGUGAAUUAAGGCCC